UAUCAUCUUUCCCACGCUAACCGCUGGGUGUAUAGCUGCGGAUUACUCCCACACUAGCCAGUGGAAAAAGAGUCGAAACUUACAACAGAACCUUCCGAAACAGGACCAGGAGUUACAAUAGAAAAUCUAUUAAAAUGGUAUUCGGAAUAACUCGCCAGUACGCCCUGUUCGCGAUUCCAAUGGCAGGAUUCGGCUUUGGCUGGUUCCUGGACAGGAAAGAAACCGAACGGAUGACCAUGUUCCGCGAUAAGAGUGCCCUGUAUGGCAAAGUUCUAAAGGAAGGAGAAAAGCCUUCCUGGCCAUAAACGGUAUGACGUCAUUAUAUCUAGCUUAAUAAACUAAGGUUGAUUUAGAA